AUGUCUUUCUUUUUGAAUAAUAUCACCAGCGAGCAGAUGUUUGAAGAGCUCCUGCAGGACCACCGAAUUGCUUUGGUUCGAUUUGGGUUCUCAGAAAGACCCGAGUGUGUGCGGCUGGACCGCCUUCUUUCUACGCUCAAUAAGUCUGUGCACAGAUACUUUGCAAUUGCAGCGUAUGAGAUAAAAGAUGUCACGCCGCCCCUAAGAAAAAAAUACAAGAUUACAGACAGCGCCCAAAACAUUCUAGUGUUCUUCUCCAAAGGAGUGCCCAUCUAUGUCUCCUUUUGCAAAAGGCCAAACUUCCAGAUUACAGAGGAAAUCCCAGGCUCUGAGGAGCUGCUUUCUCUUCUUGUCACAGUGCACCAGGGAGUCACACACAAUAAAAGGAUAAUCAACGUAUAUGGCACAUGUUUUGAGGGAAACAGAAGCCAAAAGAGGAAAGAAGACACUUGA